AUGCUGUCACUUUUUCCAGACAAAGAGAAGCUGAGGCUCAGGGGUGGAGACACUGAGUGCUCAGGGCGUGUGGAGGUGUGGCACAAAGGCUCCUGGGGCACAGUGUGUGAUGACUCCUGGGGCCUGGCAGAGGCUGAGGUGGUGUGUCAGCAGCUGGGCUGUGGUCCUGCCCUGGAUGCCCUGGGAGAAGCUGCAUUUGGUCCUGGAAAUGGAAGCAUCUGGCUGGACGAGGUGCAGUGCCGGGGCGAGUCCUCACUGUGGGCCUGUGCUAGUGCGCCCUGGGGACAGAGUGACUGCAAGCAUGAGGAGGAUGCGGGUGUGAGGUGCGCAGGCAAAAUGACAACAAUUUCACCCAUUCAUAAAAGUACCAGUUCUAUCUCAGCACCUGUUCCAGGUCUCCUUUCGUUACCUGUGAUCAUCUGCAUCAUUCUGGGAGCCCUGCUUUUUUUGGUCCUCGUCAUCCUUGGAACUCAUCUGCACAGAUGGAGAACAGAAAUACGAGGAAACCUGUUUGAGGACUCAGUGACUAAGCUGUCCUAUGGUACAGAAGACAAUGAAGAAAAUGGAGACCUGGAGUCUGCCCCAGAACCUCUAACAAAGAAUGUUAAAGCCACAGAAAAUGGCUAUGAUGACAUUGAGGAGUUCCCUGUUCCUAAAAUUUCAUCUUCCCCUGAGGUGGUUGAGAGGCACAUUUUCCUGGAAGGUGGAGCUGUUUCCAGGAAUUCUCAGUCAGGCAUGUCGCUUCAAUCUCAAAGAGAACCUGCCAACCCCAGCACUGAAAAGAAGGCAUCUUCACUGUCACUGAGUCAAAAAGACACUGAAUAUGAUGAUGUUGAGCUUGUCAACUAA